ACCUUGGCAUUGUAAGAGUUCCUGGUGUUGGGCUUCUCUACACAGAACUGACUCAUGGAAUUCCAGCUAUAUUUUCUCACUUCCUCACCAACCUUCCAGCCAUACACUCUGUAUUAGUUUUUGUCUCUGUUAAAUACUUGGCAGUGAACAAAGUCCCAGCUGCUGAAAGGUUUUCACUUAGGCGGGUGGGACCCAAAGAUUACAAGAUGUAUAGAUGCAUAGCGAGGUAUGGAUAUCGCGAAAGGAGAGUAGGGAAUGAAGAAUUUGAGAAUUUGUUGAUGGAGCACCUCAAGUCAUUCAUCAGAAUGGAGUAUCUKGAAGGACUUGACCAGGAUGACAAAAUUGCAGCAGUCCCAGACAGAGGARGAGAAGAAGAGAUCCAAUUCUUGGAAAAAUCAAGAAGCUCUGGAGUAGUGUACUUGUUAGGACACAGCGAGGUCAGGGCUAGUAAGGAUUCUUGUAUGCUGAAGAGGGUGGUGGUAGAUUAUKUAUAUGAUUUCCUCCGAAGGAACUUCAGGCAAGGAUUCGUGGACCUGCAGAUUCCAAACAAGAAUUUGCUACAGGUGGGCAUGAAUUACCAUGUAUGACUCAAUUUUGAAAUGAAAUGCUGCUCAUAAACGUCAGUGGAGAA